AUGUGGCUACCGCUCCAGCAGACAUCACCAUUGUCAACAGCAUGUGUCAUUCCGUCGUCUUGGUUCUUCUACGAAGAAAAAUGCAAUUUAAAAGGUAAGAGACCAACGCCACAUUUGUCAUUAGAAUAUAAAGAAGCAAAAACUUUAAGAAAAUUUCAAUUGUCUUGGUAUUCAAAAUUUAACUGGUUAGCGGGAAGUAGUGAAAGAAAUAAAUUAUACUGUUACAUAUGUGUCUUGUUCAGAGGAGAGGAUGAGUGGAGUAUAAAUGGUAUUCCUAAUAUUAAAAACUUAGUUCGUAAAGCUGAAAAACACCAAAUUUCAAAAAAACACCUAACAAAGAAAGUUUUCAUAUGCUGGGUAAAAAUAGGAUUGAACAUUCAAUAUCUGAGAGUCGUCGGUAUAACUGCAAUUAAUCAUAAUAAACAAGUGGACAUAAACAGAAAGAUAUUAGCUCGUUUAAUCGAUGUAGUUUGUUUUUUAGGAAAACAAGAAUUGGCAUUCCGUGGACAUCGCGAGAAUGAAGGUUCUUUAAAUAAAGGGAAUUAUUGUGAAAUUUUAGAUUUACUUGCUAAAGAAGAGCAAUUUAUAAGAGAACACUUUUUGACAAAUUCUGUUUUUAAAGGAACUUCACACGACAUACAAAAUGACUUGAUCCAUUGCGUAACUACGGUAUUAAAUUCUCAUAUUUUAAAAGAACUACAAAUUACAAAUUUUAUAUCAAUACAAACCGAUGAAACUACGGACGUAUCAUGCCAAUCUCAAAUGAGUUUAAUUUUUCGUUAUAUUAUUGACAAUAAGAUCGAAGAAAGAUUUAUAGGAUUUUUCGAUGUUUCUAAAAAUAAGACUGCAGCUGGCUUAUCCGAAGUAAUUCUAAAUGAACUUUCUAAGUGGAAUAUUGGUCAAAAAGUUGUGUGUCAAACAUAUGACGGUGCUUCUGUUAUGGCUGGUGAAAAAAAUGGGGUGCAGUCAAUUAUACAAAAUAUUUAUCCAAUGGCUAUUUUUAUACAUUGUUACGCUUAUCAAUUGAAUUUAGUUCUACUUCAUGGCGCAAAAACAAUAAAAGAUGUUAAAUUAUUCAUAGCAAACCUUACUAUGUUCCACACAUUUUUUAGUAGAUCUUCUAAAAGAAGUGUCUUAUUAAGAGAACAAGGAUUUAAAUUACCAAAUCAAUGUAAUACUCGUUGGAAUUAUCAUUCAAGAGCUGCUUUAACAAUAAAAACUCAUUUCAAUGAACUAAAAAAUGCCGUAUCUCAUGUAGUUGAUGACCCUGGCUGGGAUUCUACUUCUGUUUGUACUGCAUCUGAUGAGCUUCAAGAAGUAUAUCAAGAAGUCACCAAACUUAUUCAAUUAGUAUUAACUAUUCCUGCAACAACAGCCUCAAGUGAAAGAUCCAUGAGUACUUUAAAACGUAUCAAAUCCUUUUUAAGAAAUUCAAUGACAAAUGAUAGGCUUUCAUCUUUGUCUACUUUAGCUAUCGAAAAAAAAAUGUUAGUUGAUGUGCACACCACGAAAAAGAAAACACGAGAGAGCGACGGUUCCGACGACAUUCUACACGAAGGCUAUGCCGCUGGACACCACAAAAUGAAGAUAAGUGCUUCAGUGCCACCACACAAAACUGAAAAAACACACGAACUUAAUAAAACUUGUGGCACUGAGAGCAUGACUUAA